CACCGGUUCAUUAUCAAAUCUCAAACACCUUUGGCGCGCAGUGUCCACAAUACACACUACAAGGGUUUUAGAGAACGUCUCUCACCUCUUCUCUAUCCAAAAUCCCUAAAACCCCAACAAUACUCCCACGCUCUCACUUUCAAAUGGUUGCAGCAACUGCAACCCUAUGAAACCCUCUUCCCUCCAUUUCCAAAACCCUAACCCUAUCUUCUGCAGCCCCAUGGCACACUCCGCGCUCCGCGUCCUCCGCCUCUCCCCCUUCCUCCAGCCAUUGCGCCUCCGCCACGCCCCCUCCGAGCUCCGCUUCCUCUCCGCCCGCGCGCCGCGGCGCCCGGCCUCGGCGUUUCGGUCCGCCAGGCGCCGCGACGACGAGAAUGGGAGCGUCACGACGGCGGCGUCGGCGACGACAGAUAACGAUUACGUGAGCGAGGGGAGGGUGGUGCCGACGGAGCUUCACAAAGAGGCCACAGAGGCUUACAUGGCGUAUGCAAUGUCCGUUCUGCUCGGUCGCGCGUUGCCCGAUGUUCGCGACGGGUUGAAGCCCGUGCACCGAAGGAUUCUAUUUGCUAUGCAUGAGCUUGGCCUCUCAUCCAAAAAACCGUUCAAGAAGUGUGCGAGAGUUGUUGGAGAGGUAUUGGGAAAAUUCCACCCUCAUGGAGACACUGCUGUGUAUGAUUCCUUGGUGCGAAUGGCCCAGGAUUUUUCUUUACGCAGUCCUUUGAUUCAAGGUCAUGGAAAUUUUGGGUCAAUUGAUGCUGACCCUCCUGCUGCCAUGCGUUACACAGAGUGCAGACUGGACGAUCUGACUGAAGCAAUGUUGUUGACAGAUCUAGAGCAGGACACGGUUGAUUUUGUUCCGAAUUUUGAUAAUUCUCAAAAAGAACCAUCACUUCUACCAGCUCGCCUUCCAACCUUAUUGUUAAAUGGUUCUUCUGGCAUUGCGGUUGGUAUGGCAACUAAUAUCCCUCCUCAUAAUCUUGGGGAAGUUGUUGAUGUGCUCUGUGUGUUGAUACAUAAUCCCGAAGCUACUCUGCAAGAAUUGCUUGAAUACAUGCCUGGACCAGAUUUUCCAACAGGAGGGCUGAUUAUGGGAAAUCUUGGGAUCUUAGAGGCAUACCGUACUGGCCGAGGACGUGUUAUUAUUAGAGGAAAAACCGAUAUUGAAUUGCUUGAUUCAAAGACAAAACGGACUGCAAUAAUCAUAAAAGAGAUUCCUUACCAGACCAACAAAGCAACUUUAGUUGAGAAGAUUGCUGAACUUGUAGAAAAUAAGAGUUUAGAUGGGAUAAGUGAUAUUCGGGAUGAGAGUGAUCGUUCUGGAAUGCGUAUAGUUAUUGAGCUGAAGCGGGGAUCAGAUCCAUUGAUUGUUUUAAAUAAUCUUUAUCGCUUAACAUCUCUGCAAUCAACAUUUAGCUGUAAUAUGGUGGGCAUUCUAAAUGGACAACCUAAACAAAUGGGGCUGAAGGAAUUACUGCAGGCAUUCUUAGACUUCAGAUGCUCUGUUGUUGAGAGGCGUGCAAGGUUUAAGUUAUCACAAGCACAAGAGAGAAGACAUAUUGUUGAGGGUAUUCUUAUUGGGUUUGAUAAUCUGGAUGGAGUGAUUCGCAUAAUACGUGAAGCUUCAAGUAACUCGGCUGCAGCAGCUGGUUUACGUAAUGCAUUCAGUCUCUCUGAGAAACAAGCUGAAGCUCUUCUGGACAUUAGCCUAAGAAGACUGUCCCUUCGUGAGAGUGGAAACUUUGUGGCUGAAAGUAAAUCUUUGAUGGAACAAAUUUCCAAGUUAGAGGAACUGUUGUCCAGCAGGAAAAAUAUACUGGAGCUUAUAGAACAAGAAGCAAUUGAACUGAAGAGUAAGUUUUCCAAUCCAAGACGUUCAAUGUUGGAGGACACAGAUAAUGGUCAACUUGAGGACAUUGAUGUUAUUCCAAAUGAAGAGAUGAUAUUGGCACUUAGUGAAAAAGGUUAUAUGAAACGGAUGAAGCCAAGCACUUUUAACCUACAAAAUCGUGGAACAAUUGGAAAAUCUGUAGGAAAAUUAAAAGUGAACGAUUCAAUGUCUGAUUUUCUCGUUUGUCAUGCACACGAUCAUGUCCUAUAUUUCAGUGAUAAGGGAACAGUUUACUCAGCUCGUGCCUACAAAAUUCCUGAAUGUAGCCGCACUGCUGCUGGCACACCACUUGUUCAGAUCUUAUCUUUAUCUGAUGGUGAAAGAAUAACAUCUAUUAUUCCUGUGAGUGAGUUUGCUGAGGAUCAGUUUUUGCUGAUGCUUACAAUGCAAGGCUAUAUCAAGAGAGUAUCCUUGAAUUUGUUUUCAUCAAUCAGGUCGAUCGGAAUCAUUGCUAUUCAAUUGGUUCCUGGUGAUGAGCUGAAAUGGGUCCGUCUUUGCUCAAAUGAUGACUUUGUGGCCAUGGCUUCUCACAAUGGAAUGGUCAUGCUAAGCCAAUGCAGCAAGAUUCGCACACUAAGUAGAAAUACGCGGGGGGCACCUGCAAUGAGACUCAAAAAAGGGGAUAAGAUGGCGAGUGUGGACAUUAUACCAGCAGCGAUGUGGAACAACUUGGAAACCACAUCAAAAUUUCCUGGGAUCAAUGCAAAGAGCCAAAAUGGGCCAUGGUUAUUGUUCGUAUCUGAGAAUGGUUAUGGAAAGAGAGUUCCUUUGAGCAGUUUCCGGAUAUCAUCUUUGAAUCGAGUUGGUUUGAUAGGAUAUAAGUUUUCUGCUGAGGAUCGCUUGGCUGCUGUUUUUGUGGUAGGAUUCUCAUCAGCAGAGGAUGGUGAAAGUGAUGAACAAGUGGUUCUCGUAAGCCAAAGUGGCACUGUCAACAGAAUUAAGGUUCGGGAUAUUUCAAUACAAUCCCGAUUUGCAAGGGGAGUUAUUUUGAUGCGACUUGAUCAUUCCGGAAAGAUUCAGUCUGCUUCAUUGAUCUCAGCAACAGAUUGUGAGCCUGAGGAAGUUCUUGCCAUUGCUCAAGGAUAGUAAAAGAAAACCUUGAAGAGGUUACUUGGCCAAAUGCCGGAAUAUCUGAGUUGUAGUUUACCCCUUGAUGAAAUGCUGCUGCUGCUUGAUCCUUGAAUCUGUGCUUUUGGACAUGGUUUCUAUUGAAAUCGUCCUAUUUUUGUCCUGCUCCCUUUAUAUUUUGUAUUUUGGGAAAAGGGGGGUACCUUUGAAAAGGUGGUCGGGAUGCCUGUAAUUUUUUUUGUCUUGUAAAUUGUGACUGAAGAGUGAAAAACACACGCGAGACGAUAGUUACUGGUGAAAAUUUUUAAUCAACUCUACUUUUCAAUGCUUGAGAAUCUUCUCUUCAUAUCACAUUUGCAAGUUUAUGUUAACUUUCUUUAACAGUCUAGAAUAAAAGUAUGUAUAGUUUAAAGGA